AUGCAUGGGCAACGCGUCUCCAAAGCCUGCGACCCCUGUAGUCGGCGCAAGGUCCGCUGCAAUGGCCAACAGCGGUGCCAGCAAUGCGAACAUCUGGAUUUGCGCUGUACAUACACAUACAAUCCACCCGCUCGAUCCAGGAAACAUGCACAACGCCGGGGAAAUGUCAUCUCGGAGUACAGAAGUGGUCGUCACAAGUCGGAUUCAAUACCUACGCCACUUGCGCCAGCUCUUCCUGUAUCAUUUCGCAGCCUGGUUCCAGAUUACAUGUUGAUUGUGUACCCCUUUCUCCCCGUUCUGACGGACCAGGAGGUACUGGGGUCUAUCGAGAAGAUGGAAACCAAUAAGGAGCAUGCAGCUUUUGUAUAUGCAUUUGCAGCUGGAACAAUAGAUCUAACACGGUCAAAUGAAUCCCCGUAUAAUACGUCUAGUCAUAUCUCCGAACUCGUUCGCAAAUCAAUUGAGGUCCAACAGCCGUUACUUCCCAGCUUUCGUCCCUCCAUCCGGAGGGCCAUGACAAGUAUUUUUAUUCAGAUGUGUUUCAUGAGUUUGGGCCAGUAUGACCUAGGCUUCUUCUAUCUGCGUGAAGCCAUCGCUAUGAUUCAUAUCCUGCGCGUUGAUGACAAAGCUGUCCUUGAAAGUCUCGAUCUCACGGAGCGGUCACGGCGACAACGGCUAUACUGGCUGUGCUUUAUUCAUGAGCGGUUCAUGUCUAUUUUUCACUUCUCUCCUGCCACGCUAUCACCUCACGCUUCUUUUCCAGACGUCGAUCCCGACCUACCAAUCGGUAUCUCUCAGGGCUGGACUCAGGUGAUCAAGACAUUUCUACUGCUGGAGCCGAAGUUUAUUAAUCUCUGGAUUGGUGACCGCAGUCAGGUCACUGCCACCUGGGUGGAGCAAAAACAUCGUGAACUGGACGACGCACUAUGGGAGCUCGAAGUGUCCAUGUUGUCUGAGAUGCAGCAGGCUGACUUGGUCAUCACACGGCAAUGGAUGCGCACUCUUCUAUGGCAGAUGGCCAUGUCCAACUGUCUCUUGUCUUCUAAUGCUUCCUGUCCGUCUCUUUCUCUAGAACUCCCCUUGCGUUUGUCAAGCCAAUUGAGACAAUUCCUCACUAAGAUCUCACAAAAUACCAUCAGAGUACAUGGGUCGUCAAUUCUCAGCAAAUUGCUUGAAAUUAUCAACACGAUUGCGGACGUCGUGAUCCAUUUGCCUCAGGCUACAGACGAGGAGACCACCAGUCGCAUUGGUGAUAUUGUAUUCGUGAAAAACGUGAUCUUUUCAUUCCGUAAUUUACAGCAAGUGUCCAAGAAUAUUCUGAUAGAAAAGUUUCAUUUGAUCAGGGACCGGUUCCCUAACAUUCAAGUGGCUUCUGAGCUGGCCCCUUAA